AUGUACGAAUCUCGUUUAACUGUAAUUUCCGCUUACCGUCUUGGAAUCUUUGGAUUCCCAGGCAAUCCUGCCACAACUGCGAACCUGGGAUUGCUGGACAUGCGACUUGCCAUGGAAUGGAUUCGCGACAAUGCCCAGAAGUUUGGCGGUGAUCCUAGCAGGAUCUCCGUAUUCGGCCAGUCCGCCGGCGCCGGAAUGGCAGACUUUUACGCCUACGCCUACGCUUCGGAUCCCAUUGCCAACGGCUUCGUCCUUCAAAGCGCCACCGUCGUUGGCUUCCCCGCUCUUAGCAGGAACUACACGUCGACGCGGUGGUUUAGACUCGCGGCGGCCGUCGGCUGCGGCACUGGCGCAAGCAAUUCCACUAACCCCAAGCUUGUCACGGACUGCAUGAAGAAUCGGACCACCGAGCAGAUCUUUGGCGCGUUUGGGCCCGAGGAAACGGGCGUUGGCUCUACACCCGCUUUCGGGCCCGGCGUGGACGACAUCCUCGUCUUUGAGGAUUACACCGAUCGUCGAGCUGCCGAGGCUGGGUACCUGAUUGGCGACAAUGCCAACGAGGCGGGACUCUUCCGUUCGAUGCAGCCGAACAGGUCAGACGCGUAUUGGAAUGACUUCAACUUUAGGUACUACACCUGCGGUGACGCCAUCAGGAUCAGCCAGGCUGUGAACGAUGGGAUGUCCGCCUGGAGGUACCGGUAUUUCGGAGACUUUCCCAACCUGGCCAUCUCUACCAACCCGCCCAGCGGAGCCUAUCACGGUGCCGAACUCCCGCCUCUUUUCGGCACGCUGCCUCAGACGCCACCCAGCACUGCAGUCGAGCUGGCGACUGCCGAGUUCCUUCAGGGGGCGUGGACGACCUUUGCUAAAGAUACUUCCUCUGGCUUGCUUGGCUACGCUGGCGGAUGGCCGAUCUAUGAUCCCGCUGAGCUGACCCUUGCUCAAAUUGCGCGUGACAACCAGACGGGGACAAAUUUGGGUCUCGGGAACUCGUUCGAUGGGAUUUGCUCGUCUUUGCCGGCGAUUCCUCCUUCCUAG